AUGGUGGCUCGGCGCAACGUGAUGCGUGCGGGAGAUGCAGAAGACGAAGCGACGGGGUCGGAUUCCCUCACUUCCUCAUCGAGGACUCGCAGUGCCUGGGCUACUCUCAGGGUGUAUCUUCGACGUGGAAGAGCCGCAAUCGUGCUUGUCGCGCUGUUGCACGUCUGCACGCCGUCACUGCUGCCCGCCGCCGCCGCCGCCGCCGCCGCCGCCGCCGUCGUCGUCGUCCCGCCGCCGCCGCCGCCGCCGCCGCCGCUGUCGCCGUCUCUUGGUGCUCGCCGCUUCUUCUGCCACCCUCUCUCGGUGCUCGCCGCUGCCGCCGUCUCUCGGUGUUCGCUGCCGCCUGCGAUCAUGGACGCCCCAACUACCACCAUCAUCUACACCUCUCCUUCACCUGCCCCCACUGCGGCAGCGAACACCGAGAGACGGCGGCAGCGGCGAGCACCGAGAGAGGGUGGCAGAAGAAGCGGCGAGCACCAAGAGACGGCGACAGUGGCGGCGGCGGCGGCGGCGGCGGCGGCGGCGGCGGCUGAAGAAGCGGCGACCAGGUGGUGGCGGCAGAAGAGGAAGCGGCGAGCACCGACAGACGGCGACCAAGCGGCGGCGGCGGCGGCGGCGGCGGCGGCGGUGGCGGCGGCGUGCAGUCGUGCAACAGCGCGAUUGCGGCUCUUCCACGUCGAAGAUACACCCUGA